GUAAGGACACUCUCACUUGUUUGUUAUUCAGCGACAAAGCUGAUCCUCCUCUCGCACCCGAUUUAAUAUUCCGUGUUUGACUAUGUUGGGGCUAUUAAUAGGGUUAUUGGCAGUAGUAAUAAUCUUGCUUUAUUUAUUCGGGACGCGAACUUUUAGCUACUGGGCAAAGCGCGGAGUCAAGCACGAUGUUCCAGUUCCGUUCUUUGGCAACGCGAAACGGCAGUUCCUCCAGGAGAUAUCUUUCGCUGACAUUUACGCUGAGACGUACCGGAAGUAUCCCAAUGAAAGAUUUGUCGGAUACUACCUUACGACUACUCCGUUGUUGGUUCUCAGGGAUCCCGAAUUGGCUAAACAUGUUUUAGUAUCUGAUUUCAACUACUUCUCCUCCAGAAACGUGUUUCCGCUUGACAAACAUCCUGAACCACUUCUGAAAAAUCUGAUUAUGUGUGAAGGCGACCUUUGGAAAUUUUUGAGGCAAAGGAUGACUCCCGCGUUCACGACCGGCAAGGUGAAGGCGAUGUUUCCCCUGAUCGUGGCGCGCGCCGAGAAGCUGCAGCGAGUGGCGGGGGACGCGGCGGCGAGCGGCGCCGAGGUGGACGUGCGCGACCUCAUGGCGCGCUACACCACCGACUUCAUCGGCGCCUGCGGCUUCGGCAUCGACACCGACACGCUCAGCGACAAGAACAACAUGUUCAGAAAGUUAGGUCAACGCAUAUUUAGACAAGAACUGAGAGAUAUGAUCGUAGCGAUUAUUAAAUAUAAUGUGCCAAAAUUGAUGACCAGAUUUCACUUUUUGGCUCCAGAAAUCGAGAAAACUAUGACGAAAUUAGUAAAAACUAUAAUGAAAGAACGGGAUUAUAAAAACUCUGGCAGGAAUGAUUUCAUCGACUCACUUUUAGAUUUAAAAGAGCAAGGGAAAAUGAUAGGCGAAUCCCUAAUGCGAAAGAAAGCUGAUGGAACUCCUUGUAUGGUUGAAAUGGAGAUGGACGAUGAACUCUUGGUGGCUCAAGUGUUCAUGUUUUUCGCGGCCGGGUUCGAGACGUCGUCUGCAGUGACCAGCUACGCGCUGCACGAGCUGGCGCACCAUCCCGACCACCAGAGGAGGUGUCAGGAAGAGAUUGACUCGGUACUCGCGCGCCAUGAUAACAAAGUGUCUUACGAGGCCCUCAAGGAGAUGAAGUUUUUGCAUAUGUGCUUCAGUGAGGCGAUGAGGAUUUUCCCCUCCAUCGGGUUUCUGCAGCGCAUGUGCGUGAAACCGUACACCAUCCCGGGUACGGACAUUACUGUCGACCCCGGGGUCAACGUCAUCGUCCCGGUCAAGGCCCUACACCUGGACCCGCAAUACUUCCCGGAUCCGGAGGAGUUCCGGCCGGAACGGUUCCACCCGGACAAUGUCUCCGCCAUCAACAAGUAUACAUAUCUACCGUUCGGAACCGGACCGAGAGCUUGUAUUGGUGAGCGUCUUGGCUACAUGCAGUCCCUGGCCGGUCUGGCUGCCCUGCUGAGCCAGUUCUCCGUGGCUCCCAGCAUCAGCACGCUCCGAAAGCCGAUCAUAGACACCAAGGUCUUUGGAAUCCAGAGCGCCAAGGGAGGUCUGCCCCUAACCCUUAUCGCCAGGAAAAAGACUCAGUGAAGGCUUAACUGGAAUCCGUCAAAACUAACGCUGUAUUGAGUUUGUUAAGGCAAAGAAUGAAAGUACCUACUUUUACGUUACAAGUAAAAUCAAAUUAUCGUGGAAUGUUAAUGUUUGUAAUGACAAUUCCAAUCUUUCAUGCCAAAGAUGUACCUAACAGUUACUUGGCUAGGUCUACCGAUACUUUAUUAUUAUUGUACUUUAUUUGAGAGCUCUCAGAUUAUAUUUGAGAUAGGUACUUAUUAGGUAUUAUACGAUUUAUUAAUUGGAUUGGACAUUAGAGAGCUUCGAAGUAUGUUAAAGAAUUGCAUAAUUCCAAGUAUAAAGUAGUUCUGGUAAGUAAGUUUAGUUAUAACUACAGCUUCAAAGCUAUGUAUGUAUAAUAUACCUUUAUCUAAAGUU